UGUGACAAUCAGGUAGAGUUGCGUUACGGCUGCGUUACGUUACAAUUACGUUCCGAUUCAAGUGCCUCCAAAUAUUAAAUAUGCAUAAGGUCGCUUACAAUAUGGCGGUGUUGUGUUUCCUGCUCUUUUUUCUUACUGUUAAGACAGCUUUUUCUGCUAAAAUCUUGGGAUACAGUGCUUUUGGUUCGGGAUCUCAUUACUACGUCGUCAGCAGUCCCCUACAAGAGCUUGCUUCACGAGGACACGAGGUUGCAAUGCUGGUGUCCUCUGAUAGGCCAGCAAAAGCCAAUGAGAAAAUCACACACAAGACUUUUCAAGUUCCCUACAAAACUGGCUUUGUUGAAGAUUUGCUGAUAAAACCUGCCCUCGCAGGGGGCAAGUAUACUGUUGGUUGGAACUACCAUAAAAUUCAACUGGUCAUGUGUGAAUGUCUAUUGAAUAGCACCGAACUCCUGCAAGAGUUAAAGAAUUUUGAUCUGAUUGUUUUUGACGCCUUUGCACCAUGUGGUGUGUUACUCAGCGAGGUCCUUUAUAUUCCGAAUGUCAUGGUAGUGACUGGAUCUCCCAAUGAUAUCUUCGCACCGUAUCGCAAAGCUCCCUUACCAUUGUCUUAUGUUCCGAUGCGUGGAUCAGGAUUUCCAAGUAACAUGACCUUCAUUCAGCGGGUUAGAAACGUAUUUAAGUAUUGUUUCGGCAGAGUGCUACUCGACCUUUUGUUCAUUCGUACAAUGGACGAGAUUAAAGUCAAAUUCAAUAUCAAUCCCGAAAGAAGCUACAGUGAAAGUUUUUCAGACUCAGCACUAGUGCUUUACUUGGCAGAUUUUGCUGUGGACUUUCCGCAACCUCUUUUACCAGGUCAUAUCAUGGUUGGUCCAGUAACAGUCCAGAGGCCUUCACAGCUCCCCCCUGAUUUUGAAUCCUUUGUCAAUAAUUCAGGAGGGUAUGGGUUUGUAAUGGUUUCAUUUGGAUCAUACGUGGAAGCAGCCCUUGGUAAAGAAAAGAUAAUGAUGCUGGCCACCGCGUUCGGAAAGUUAAAGCAAAGAGUUCUAUGGAAGCUUAAUAAAGACUACGUUCCACCGUCUCUCAAGCCAAACAUCAAAGUAGUGUCAUGGUUACCUCAGAACGAUCUGUUGGCUCACAAGGACAUCAAAGCUUUUGUCUCCCAUGUGGGACACAACAGUCUUUAUGAGUUAGCGUACCAUGGUGUCCCUGUGGUGGCGUUUCCGUUAUUUUCGGACCAAUUUGCCAACGCCCAGAAAGCAGAACAGUUUGGACUGGGAAUAGCUGUGGAUCAUGAAACUACAGAUGCUGAACAACUAUCUGAGACAAUUGAGCGUGUAGUUAAUGAACCGAGAUUCAGAGCAGAGGCAAUGCGCAUUUCCCGGCUGAUGAAAGACAGUCCACGGACCCCGUCAGAGAAAGCCGGUGACUGGAUAGAGCAUGUUCUCAGACAUGGAGCCCAACACCUCAGAGGUCAAGCGUACAACAUCCCUUGGUAUCAAUACUACUUACUUGACGUCAUGGCUUUUCUUGUUACUAUAGUUACCUUGGUUGCCAUGGUGAUAGGAUUGACAUGUAGAUGCCUUUGCGGCGUUUGUUGUAGAAAGGGUGAAAGCAAAACUAAGAAGGCGUGAGAUCGCACGUGGGCUUUCUGGCUAGUUUGUCCGUUCUGCAGUAUUGCAACGGCCAGUUCCUUCCAUGAGACGCCCCUGCAGGUUAUCAUGGUGGUUGUAUUCACCAGAAUAAAUAUCCAGACCAAGAUGAUGAAUACAACAACCAUGAUUCCCUGCAGGCGCAUCUCAUAAAGGCAACAUUGGGCACUGAUUGUGCUAAGAAGAUAAAAAGAAGCUGAGAUAGUUUGCUUUGCCGUGAUGUCAUAAGUUGUGAACCGUUUGUUGUUAGAUCUCGAAUCAAAGUUCGGUCAUUUUUUCGGUGAGACUAUGUGAAUAAAUGUUUUAAGUUACUGUAACGGCUCAGAUUUGUACAACUAGUCGUUCAAAGUAGUAUUGUGUGUGAUCCAGGUAGUUCUAAGCAAAUCUGUAGUUUGUUAGUCGCUAUUGUUGAAAUCAUUCACCAUUUCUUUUUACUCAUAACAAUUUGAUGGUGACUCCAGUCUGUAAAAGAAAUAUUAAAUUAAAACAAAUAAACAAACAAACAAACA